GUCCAUGGCAGCGCUCUUUCCAUCAUUUGCUUCUCCCGAACCGAUAUUCUGGACAGUCUGGCCCAAUCCCAUUGGCGCGACGCUGCUCCUGUCUUGCCCUACUGCUGUGUAACGGCAAUCCCAUCACCUCACGCCACACACAAGAGUAGGGCGACCUGCCAAAAAGCCCGCACUAAUGAAUGGGUGGAGAACCGAGCAAGCUAGACGCGUCCUCAAGGGCCAUCACGAUUCGAGCAGCCGAGAAGCACGACUUAGACGCCAUCACGGAUAUUGUCAGGGCCGGCUUCCCAGACGAUCCGGGUUGUGAUUACAAAUAUCCACACCGCGGCAAGUACUCUGCUGAUUUCUGGGAAUGGACGAGGAAGGAAUACGAGGAAUAUAUCGAACAACCCAACAAGUUCGCCGUACUAGUCGCAACCUGCCCUGUGGCUGCUGACGCGUCAGGCUCGGGCGCAGACCAGAGCCGGGCAGACUUGGACAGACCAAUUGCAUACGCAGUCUGGGACAUAUCUGUGAACACCCAGCGCGCCGGCGGAGAUCGUGGCAUCAGUGAGCGACGCGAUGCGAACCCGGGCCACAUGAGAGCCUAUUCCGAGACACUGUCUGCAGCUUUCACGAAAUAUUUCAGCAUAUAUGGCAACGAGCAGCUCAGCCUGGAAUGGCUCAUCACCCAUCCUAGCUUCCGGCGUCGUGGGGCCGGCACCAAAUUGUGCAAAUGGGGCGAGGAGGAAGCCGUCAGGCGAGGGGGUUGGGCCCUGACCGUCAUGGCGAGUCCAAUGGGGAAUCUGCUCUACGCACACCUGGGAUUUAGGCUUGUUGGGACCGUGACUGCUGGGAUGGAUGAUGAAGAAGAGACGGUGGACAUCGACGUGAUGUCAAGAGAGGACCUCUGUGUAACGGCCCGGCCCGCCUGACUGCCCGGAGAUGGACCGGAGGAGCCGGGGAGGGGGGCGGGGGCGUCCUUGCGAACUUCACACGUCGAGGCCCCAUCUCGAGAACCCACACAACCAAGUCCCAGUUACAAAUUUCACCAACAUGCAGUC